UCAGAGCAAGGGCGGGAGUCAGGCAGAAGGAUCCUGGCUCUGCUGGGGUGCCACUGCCUAGACCCCUGGGGUCCUCCCCAUGGCAAGGGAAACCUUCCCCUUCACCUCGUCCACACUGCGCUCCCUCCGCCUGCAGCGGGAGUGGCUGGAAUGGGAAGACCGUCGGCGGGCAGCUGCCCAGCAAUGCCGGAACCAGAGGCACCCCUCGAGUCCACGGGCCCGACUCACUAGGCCUCCCCGCUGCUGCCGAGACCCAGCUGUCCACAAUGCCCUCUUCUCCGGCGACCUGCCACAGGUCCAAGCCCUGUUUCAAGAUGAAGAGACCGCCAACAUGAUUGUGGAGACUGUGAGCAAUCAGCUGGCCUGGUCGGCUGAACAGGGGUUCUGGGUGCUGACCCCCAAGACCAAGCAGACGGCACCGCUCACCAUCGCUGCGGCUCGAGGCUACAUAGACUGUGCCCGUCACCUCAUCCUGCAGGGGGCUGAACUGGAUGCCCGGGUAGGGGGCCAGGCUGCCUUGCAUGAGGCCUGUGCCCGGGCCCAGCCCGACUGUGUGCGUCUGCUGCUGACCUUUGGUGCCAAAGCUAAUGUGCUAUCUCAGGAGGGCAUGACCCCAUUGCACCUCUGCACUGCCCCCGAGUCCCUGCAGUGUGCCAAGUUGCUGUUAGAGGCGGGAGCUACCGUGAACCUGGCAGCACAGGAGAGCGAGGUGACGCCCCUGCACGUGGCGGCCGCGCGGGGCCUGGAGGAGCACGUGCAGACGACACCCAGGAACAGAGGCCAGUGUCUCGGAGCCCCUGAGAAAACCCGCCCCUUGGCUCUCCUUCCUGCCAACGGCUGCGGGGGCCUGGCUGAGCUGCUGCUGCGUCAUGGGGCCUGCGCUGGAGUCCCCAACGGGGCCGGCCACACACCCAUGGACUGCGCGCUGCAGGCCGUGCAGGAUGCCCCCAACUGGGAGCCAGAGGUUCUCUUCUCGGCGCUGCUGGACUAUGGGGCUCAGCCCGUGCGCCCUGAGCUGCUGAAAUACUGUGCCAACUUCCCACGGGCCUUGGAAGUUCUGCUGAAUGCCUACCCUUGUGUCCCAUCCUGCGAUACCUGGGUGGACUCAGUGCUCCCAGAGCUGUGGCAGGAGCAUGAAGCCUUCUACAGCUCAGCCUUGUGUAUGGUGAACCAGCCGAGGCGGCUGCAGCACCUGGCCCGGCUGGCUGUGCGUUCCCAGUUGGGUAGUCGCUGUCGGCAGGCUGCCACCCGGCUCCCACUGCCCCCGCUCCUGAGGGACUAUCUGCUGCUGCGUGUGGAGGGACGCAUCCAGUGACAUCUGUGCCAGCUCCUCCCACGCCUGUCCUGCCCCUCUGCCUGCACCCUGGGCUAGAGGACCAGGCGCUGACUCUCUUCUCUGUACUCUGCAUGCCCUAGCAGUCCAGCUUAGCCCUCGUUGGCUUCUUUUUUCUUUUAUUCUCUAUUCAUGAUAGAGUACUGUGUGUACACAUAAGCAUGAGAGAAAGAAAGAGGGGCGGGGUCUGCCCACAGUCCAAUUUCCUUUCUCUAGCCCAUCAGAUCUUGGGCACUCAUUCACGUGCCCAGCUUGUCUCAGGCCAACUGGGCUGAGGAUUUGAACCACAGUCGCCAGGUGGGAUCUGGCUUCUCUUGAGCAAUGCAUUACCACUGUGCCAUGGAGCCAGCCAGCCACCUGCCGACCUUCAGCCCAACCUGAGCUCAACCCCUCUCUCUCCAAUAAGAGUCUGCAGACCCGGGCUGACCCCACACUCAACCUCUGCCCUCCUCUUCCUCCUGUGCUUAAGCAAAUGGUCCCUCUGUCUACCCAGGCUCCAAACCAGGAGCUGGUGACUUUUGUCACUUCCCUCCCUUGCCAGCCAUUUACCUGUGCAGCCUACUAAAGAAUGACAAGGGCUGCCUCUAACUUCCUUUGUCAGUUCAAUGGAGGUCUUGAAGUCCAUAUGCCGAAGGGAGGUGGGAACAUCUUUGGGAGUUACAACUGUGAUCAUUCCCUUCAGUGGCUCGCUCUGUCUUCAGGCUAAAGUUAACAGUCAGCAAUGGAUAGCCUUGAGAUACUGGCCUUCUUUGGCCUCCUGUCCUGCCUUCUUUCCAGGGUUCCUGUAAUCCAGUCUUAGUAGACAAACUACCAGUUGCUGGAUGUAACCUGGUCUUUGCUUGGAGGAGUUUGCAUGCGUUGUUCCCACUGCUUGCUAUACCCUUCCACAGUUUUUGACCUAGUGCUGGCUGACUGAUACCUCCAGACUCCAUUCAAAUGGCAUGAUCUCUGCAGAGCCUCCCUUCAGCCCAGCAGGCAGCCUGGCUGGAUGUUAUCCUUAGGGUAUAUUCCUCCACCCCCCCGAGUGAUGCAUGGUGUCUUGAACAGUGGUCUUUCAGGGCCCGUGACAGGAGGACCAACCACCAUCUGUCCCCCUCUCACUUCUUCCUUGGGUCCCAGAGUCUAAAGUACCAUAAAUUAUCUUUAGGAGGAAACUUUUUAAGGCAGUCAGUUUUUAAUGGAAAUAAACGAUUUG